AUUCACGAGACGGAUGAAAGAGAAAUAAAAAGGUUUUGGAACACAGGAAACAUAGCGUUGUAUGGUUACAGUUGUAAGUGAAAAAGCGGUAUGAAAUUGAGAUUGUAAUUUUAUUGUAACGUAAAUAAAAUAUUAUAACAUUAUUAUGAAGCUAGUAAGAUUUUUAAUGAAACUCAGUCACGAGACUGUAACAAUAGAAUUGAAAAAUGGUACUCAAGUACAUGGUACUAUUACCGGAGUAGAUGUGGCAAUGAAUACGCACUUAAAAACUGUAAAAAUGACAAUAAAGAAUAGAGAUCCUGUACAAUUAGAUACAUUAAGUUUAAGAGGCAAUAAUAUAAGAUAUUAUAUAUUACCAGAUUCAUUACCACUUGAAACUUUACUCAUAGAUGACACACCAAAAGCAAAAGCAAAAAAGAAGGAAGCUGCACGAGGAGCAGUACGUGGUCGAGGUCGUGGUGGACGUGGUACGAGAGGAGGUCGAGGAGGACGAGGGAGAGGAAGGGGUAGACGAUAAUUAUUUACGUGAUUAUAACAUAUUUAAUUGAAAUGAUUAAUUCAAUUUUUUGCACUUUAAAAAAAAUAUUUACAUAACAUAUUAUA